AUGGAUAUCUACGAAAACUUUGAAGGAGAAAGAGAAGAAAGAAAGAUCAUAAGGCAUACAUACCAUUAUGCAUAUUUAGCUGCUUCAUUAGUAAUGAUCACAUUAAUUAUCAUAGAUUUGGCACUUCAUGAAUGAUUUACUUAUUGUCUCUGAAAUUUUGGAUUAGUUUAUGCAAGCAGCUGGACUGGGCGAAAAUUAUGAGACGGUGCAAGCUCAAUAUCUGAUGUAAAAGAUGAUGCUUGCGGCUCUUAUAAAUUAUAUGUUGAAUCAAGCUGUCCAGGAUUUUGCGAACAUAUAGAUAAUUUUAUAGGCGCUGGAGGAACAAUGCUUGCAUUUGGAAUAGCAGCAAUUCUAUUUAAUCUUAUUGCUAUGGGACUUGUUAUAUGACGAAUGAGGCAUCCAAGUUUUAGAUUUGAAAUAGCUACACUGUUUUUUAUAAUGCCAACACUUCAGUAUUUUUUAGCGUUUAUUAUAUUUUAUGGGGUUGCUGAAAUACCAGAAUUAGAAGAGGUUCAUAAGAUAGGGAAUAUUAAUCCUCAUGAAUAUGGAAUGGCUGGAGGAAUGAUUCUUGCAAUUGUUAUCAUUAUUUUGCAAUUUUCAUUGAUGAUUUACUCACUGAUGGUAACACGAAAAGCAUUUUAA